GGGUGCCGCGGCGGGCCGGAGCCGCCCCGUCCCGGCCGUGGAGGCGGCGGCGGGUGCGCGUCGGGGCCGGUUCGCGGCCGCCCCCCCCACCCCGGGCCCCGCCAUGAAGAGCCUCAAGUCCCGCCUGAAGAAGCACGAAGCGGUCAUCGGGGGCAGCGCGCUGAACACAGACUGGAACAAAUACGAUGACAGGUUAAUGAAAGCAGCCGAAAGGGGAGAUGUGGAAAAGGUUUCAUCAAUCCUGGCCAAAAAAGGAGUCAGUCCCACCAAACUGGAUGUGGAGGGGAGAUCUGCAUUCCAUGUUGUAGCAUCAAAGGGAAACCUGGAUUGCUUGAACACUAUCCUUAUUCAUGGAGUUGAUAUCACAGCCACAGAUGCUGCAGGUAGAAACGCACUGCACCUCGCUGCGAAGUACGGGCACGCUUUAUGUUUGCAGAAGCUGUUGCAGUACAACUGUCCAACGGAGAAUGUGGAUCUCCAAGGAAGAACUGCUCUGCAUGAUGCAGCUAUGUCGGACUGUUCCUCAAGCAUACAACUACUGUGUGAUCACGGGGCCUCAGUGAAUUCAAAAGACGGAGAUGGGAGGACACCGCUAGUGCUGGCCACUCAGAUGUGUCGUCCCACGGUUUGUCAGCUUCUGCUAGACAGAGGAGCAGAUGUAAAUGCCAGGGACAAACAGAACAGGACUGCCUUAAUGUUAGGCUGUGAAUAUGGCUGCAGGGAUGCAGUGGAAGUGUUGCUCAGAAAUGGUGCGGAUGUUAGUUUGACUGAUGGCCUUGGUCAUGACUGUGCUUACUAUGCCAGGAUUGGGGACAAUAUUGACAUUUUGGCUUUAAUAAAAGCUGCCGUUGAGGAUUCCAGCAAAGGAAGAGAUACCGUGAAGAAGGGGCAGCCCGAACAAAAGAUUACUAAUGUGCCACAGAAGUGGAAUCGGCUGCAUGCGCAGGAGGAGGUGAAUGUCAAGCUGUAUCAGAAGGAACAUAACGCUCAGGAAUUGGAGUUAGAAAAUCAAGAUUUGAAAGAUCGAAUGAGAGAAGCACAAGAGGAGCAAAGGAUGCUGCUGGAUAGAAUCAGUGGGCUACAACUGCAGCUGAGUGAGGAGCAAAUGUUUGCAGAUGAUCUUGAGAAUGAGAAGGAUGAGCUGAAGAAAAUCCUAACCACCAAGGAAAAACAGCAGGAGGAAAGUUUAAGGACUAUUGAAGCUCUCAAAGCUAAACUCAAGUAUUAUGAAGUUGAUUUUGUGGGAUCUGGGAGUAACUUUGCUAACAGAAAAGAAGAUUUAUUGCUUAAACAAGGACAAGUGUUUGCGGGGGAAUCACAGUCCAGGUCGAUGCUGAGACCCCUGGAGCUCUCCCUGCCUAACCAAUCACCCACUUCAGAGAAGGAAACUUUAAAGAAGGAACUUGACAACGUGAGGACCUGCUAUGGUGCCGCAAAGGAAGAAAUCAGCAAACUGCAGCGAGAGCUGUCUCACAAGGUAUCGGAGUGUAAAGCUUUGGCAUCAGAGUCUGAAAGAACCAAGGCGGAAUCUGACGGACAGAUAAAACAGCUGGAGGAUGCUUUAAAAGAUGUGCAGAAAAGAAUGUUUGACUCGGAAGGCAAAGUUAAGCAAAUGCAGGCGCACUUUCUUGCUCUGAAAGAUCACCUGACGAACGAAGCUGCUUUGGGAAACAGUAAGCUAACAGAGGAGCUGAAGGAGCAGUUGAAAGAAAUGAAAGGCAAGUACGAAGGAGCCUCUGCUGAAGUGGGAAAACUGAGGAACCAGAUUAAGCAGAACGAACUGCUGGUGGCGGAAUUCAAGAGAGAUGAAGGCAGGCUGGUGGAGGAAAAUAAAAGGUUGCAGAAGGAACUUGUGAAGUUGGAGAUGGAACGAGAUAAAAGGGGAAGAAAUGUCACGGAGUUAGAAGGGCAGCUCAGAGAAACAGCGGCAAAGUUGGCCCACUCGGUAACUUCAGAGACAUUUGAAAACAUGAAGAGUUUGCUAUCGACCGAAGUGAAUGUGAAAGCAAGGAGGUUAGCAGAGAUGGAAGGAGAGCAUGGCAAACUGCAGGCAGAGAUUCUGCUUCUGAAGAGGGAAUCCGAGAGUCAGAAGGCGAAACUGGCUCAGCACGUAAAGCCGGAGGAGCACGAGCAAAUGAGGAGGGGGUUCGAGAAGAAAAAUGAAGAGCUUGGGAAGGCAGUUUCUGAAUUGUCCCAGAAGAACCAGGCUCUGCAGAAGGAGCUUGAAAGAUUGCAGGCUGAUAACAAGGUAUUUAAGCAACAAAUCCAAAUGCUAAAAACUGAACUGAAAAGCCAGAAUGUGCCUUUAAAAAUCCAUGAGGAAUUGAAGAAAACAAAUGAUCUGGCCGUCAGUGACCUGACCAGAAAGCUUUUUGAACUAACAAAGAAGUACAAUGAAAGCAAAGCAGAAGCUGAAAAGUUGCUGGCAGAGAAGAACAACCUGAAUGAGAACAUGAGCCACUUCCAAGCUGUGUACCUGUCUCCAGAGCAGCACAAAAGAGAGGUGGAAGCUUUAAGAUGCAGCGGUAUGGAGCUGGAAAAGCAGCUUGCUGAGCUUCAGAAAAAAUAUGAUGCUGAACAAGGGAAAGUGUGCAAGCUGGUCUCUGAAAACACAGCCCUGAGAGAGACUCCCGGGGAUCAGUAUGUGUUGGCUACAACACAUGAAGAGGUUAAAACAGCCUUGAAUAACACCCUCGAAAAAACCAGUAAGGAGCUGUCAGAUCUGAAGGGAAAAAUGGAAGAGGUAAAGCAAGAACUCCAGAGGGUGAAUGAAGAAAAUGGAACCUUGAAGAAUAAGGUGAAACUCUUACAGAAUCAACUGCAAACAGAGUGUAUAAGUUUGAAAGACCAUGAAACUGCAGUGACUGCUUUAAAUAAAAGCAUGCAAGAGCUUCAAGAGAACAACGCUGCAGUUAGGGCUGAGUAUAAGAGGGGUCAAGAAGAAAUCUUACAGUUGCAUGCAGAAAUUGAAGCCCAGAAGAAGGAACUUGACACAAUUCAAGAGUGCAUUAAGUCCAAAUAUGCCCCAAUUGCCUCCUUUGAAGCCAGAGAACAAAGGUUUGAAGCCACAGUGAAAGAACUAAAAGCACAGUUGGAGGAACAGGCGCUGAAGUACAGAGAAAUGGAGGAGGAAAACCUGAAGUGCAAAGAGGAGAAUGAGAAGCUCAGAACCGGUGUUCUGUCCAUCCAGAGCGACUUGCAGCAGAACUACAUCCUGGCUGAGAAAUCCCAUGAAAUGGAGAAAAUGUUCACAAGCAAAAUGGAGGAGCUGAAUGAGCAAUUGAGGGACUUGCUGCAGGAAUACACAGGUGAGAAAGAGAAGGAUGAGCUGCAGGAGAGCACCGAGCAGCCCAUGACCGUCCAGGCUGGGCAUCUUUCAGCAGAGCAGAUUGAAGCCUUGAAGAAUGCUCUUGGCCACACUGUAGAGGAUCUGAGGGAAGCCCUCAGAAGUAAGAAGGAAUGUUACAACAAAGAAACACUAAAAGUAGGACAACUGCAGCAGGAAUUGUCAGGUCUAAAAGAAUCUUCAAUCCCUUUGGUAGAAUAUACCCAAAUGAAGGAAACAUUAGAACAAGAAAUUGUAGCAAUGAAAACCAGCUUGAGAGAAAAAGAAGAAGAAAACCAAGUGAAAAGCAAGGAAAUCUCGAAGCUGCAGUCGGAGGUGCAGCUUACUCAACAAGCUUUAACAGACCUGCGGAGGAAAGAAGUGAUUGACGUGUCGGAAUACGAAUCCAUGAAGAGUACUCUGGAGGCCCAGAUUAACAGCAUAGCUGAAAGCUUGUCCAAUAUGAGUAGAAAGUAUGAGGAAGCAUGUGAGGAGGCUUUGCAAGCUAAAAAGAGUGAGCUUUCUUUAAAGGAUGAGAAGGAAUUGCUUCAGUUACGGAGCUGCAGUAUUGAGCAAGAAAUCAAAGACCAGAAAGAAAGGUGUGAUAAAUCAUUGACAACAAUUAUGGACUUGCAGAAGAGAAUACAGGAAUCUGCAAAGCAGGUGGAAGCCAAGGAUAACAAGAUUACAGAGCUGCUUAAUGAUGUGGAGCGGUUAAAACAAGCUCUUAAUGGCUUGUCUCAACUUACAUACACCACUGGGAUUCCCUCAAAGAGGCAGAAUCAGCAGGUUGAAGUGCUCCAGAACCAGGUGAAAACACUGCAGCAGCAGCUUGCUGAUGCUAAAAGGCAGCAUCAGGAGGUAGUUUCUGUUUAUCGGACCCAUCUUCUCAGUGCUGUACAGGGUCACAUGGAUGAAGAUGUCCAAGCUGCUUUACUACAGAUCAUUCGGAUGAGGCAGGGACUUGUUUGCUGACAUGUUAGUGCCAUUGCUCGUGAAGGCUGCUGCAUUGUAGGAGUGCUGUGGUUAUGGGAGUGAUAACCUUCAUGAGGUUUAUAUAGUUAUGAUAAUAUAGCUGCAAUUAGGACCUCCAAAUAUGAAACAACUUACAAAGCUGAAACAUUUUCUUCAUCUAAAAUGGUAAAAUAGGGCUACUGAGUUUCAGAUCUGACACUUAUUAGAUUAAUAAAAGAUGUAGAGCAUCUUUUAAAGCUGGUAUACAAGCUGACUGUCAAAAUGAUGACAUGGUAGUUAAAUCCUUUUAAUGUCUGAUUGACCACUUAUUAAAGCAGGGCUUAUACUCAUAAACCUGUUUAUCCUUGAACUUGAACUCUCAUGGUAUGGUUAAAACAUAAACUGGCUUCAAAUGAGUUUGGCUGAGUAUAAUAGCUGUACAUCUCCUUUAAUGAUUAAGAGAAAGUGGCUAUUUUGUCACAUAAGCUGAUCAGGACAUACUACAACAUGUUUAGUGAGUCAGCUGCAAAGGUAAAGGAAAGGUGUUUAGGUCUAUGUUGUAACUUGGCUGGCCAAGUUACAGACUUUAACUAUAAGCUUAAGCUGUAGUGCCUUUUGCUUAUUGCAACAUUUAAAAUCAGGUUUACCAUCAAAACACUAACUUCUAUGUUUGCCUCCUCUUCCCCCCAGGAUUUUUCAGGAAUGCUUUGUAAUAUUGAUUACUGUAGGCUAAAGCAGUGGGACUGGAGUGGCACGGUUUGUAGAGCAGCAUUUUGAGCUAAACUCGAUAGUCCUGCUCCUCUAUAAUUUCAUUCUUCAUUAGGCUGAUGGGUGCAGACUGAGCAGCUCCUGAAGCUGCACACUAAUCAGGUAUUGGAUUUUCAAACACUAUCUCAUGGCAGUUUAAGGUAUUUUCCUCUUAGCUGUAAAUUGUGUACUAUAAUCUUAUUUAUGGGGAAAGAUGCAAAUAGUAAGGAUUAAUCGAAGGAGAAUUUUGAUCUGCUUGGAAUCUACCUAUUAAGCCUGACAGGGCUUUGUUUUUAACUGAAGGAUGAUGUUCCCAUAAGUAAGUUUUGUGAAAGAGAACAUGAAAUUUGGGACUAUUCAAAGGAAGUAACUGGAAGACAAGCCCAGUAAGGUAUGUGAUUCUAAUAGAGCGAAGAGCGUAAGGGCUGUUGGUAGUUGUGUUAACCUCAGUCUGUGCUUGAAAGCAUUUGCUUAUAACCAACAAGUUAGGAACCUGGCAUCCUGAUGCAGAAGAGAGAAACCUCUUCCAUGUUCCUGAGAAGUGAGGACCUAAGUCAGAGCGUGGAGUUCUCUGUUUCACAGUGACUGAGCUUCCCCCCAAGCUGUGGGCUUAGGUCCCAUUGUUUUAGUUGUGUUAUGUUUGUUUCCUUUUUUUAUCCCUUCUUGGGCAGAGUCUUAAGGAAUUGAAGAGACAGCUGCCACAUGGAGGAGGAUGCAGACAUAAGGAUGAACGUGCAGGGCAGUUUUUAUUAUAUAAAUACACUUAAUAUAUUUACUAAAUAUGUGUCUGUAGUUAAACAGAUCUACCGCUGCUUUCCUUUAAUUUCUUAGAGGACUAUUACAGAAAACAUCUCAGUAUAUGUGUUACUUUUUAGCCAAAUUCUUUUAUGAUUGCAUUACUUGAAACUCUUAUUCGAGAGCCUUUGUUUUGAUAUACUAACUCCGGCGUAUUUUGAUACUGUAUGGUCCUUCUCGAGGGAGUUCUAUCUAUGUUUUUCUAAAUUUCUCCCUUCCUGCAUCAUCAAUAAAGUGUUUUCUUCUUUUU